AUGCAUAUUUCUCACAGGCCUGCUGAGGAAUACCUCCUCUGCUCAAUCAAGCAGCAAAAAAGCUUUGAUUCAUUGGAGCUACAAGGUGUCUUCGAUUAUCUACAAGCUGUAAAGCUGGAAUCGGUAGCAGAGAGACUACUAUCUCUUAUCGAGGUUGUCCACUCCAAUACGUCCGUGACAAAGUAUUCACUGGAUGGUGAAACAAGGAAGUCGCUUCCUGAUUGGGGUGACAUGUUUCUGUCAGAAAUCGUCUAUCGCGGUGUUUGCUCUACGGCUAUGAUAUAUGAUGAUUAUCCACGGAUAGAUUAUCUUUGUUAUGUUAAUGAACACAUUAUUGCCGGUGCGCACUGGUCCAAAAAGGAAGACGAAGCCGGAGUGUUAUAUUUCUAUCUCACCAAGUGUUAA